AUGGAUCAACUCAGGAGUCUCGUCUUUUUUUUACGUGAUGUUGCUUUGAAGCACACACUUGGUACUAGCCAUACCAAGAAUGAUACCACAGAGAUAUUUGAUGAACGUAAAGAAGUCAUAAAGAGAGUCUUGAAUAAGAAAGUUCUCGUGCCAGAUAUUCUUGCGCUCAUGCCUGCUUGGAUCAGUGAAUUCCAACCAGAUAUUGAUGAAAUCAACUUGGAAAUUGACGAAUGGCUGAAAACCGUCAAUGUGGCAGAGGAGAAGAAAGCUAAGCAUCGAGCCCGUGGCAACUAUACCCUCCUAACGGGUAUUUACUACCCUCACUGCAAGAAGGACAAGAUGCUGGUGCUUUCACAGUUUCUUUAUUGGAUAUUCUUUUGGGACGACGAGAUUGACACUGGGGGUGAGCUCACCCACGACAGAGAAGGCACACUACAGUGUUGUGCUGAGACAAACAAGUGUGUUGACGAUUGUCUCGGCCCCAAUCCCAAUUACACGCCUCCACCAGGUUCCCGAGGUACUGUAGAGAUGUUUUAUCCUAUCCUCAGGGAUCUCCGAAAGGGACUUGGACCCAGUUCCACAGAACGCCUCAGAAAGGAGCUGCACGACUACAUCAAUGGAGCCAGUACCCAGCAGCAUGUCCGGGAGGCAGAUCAUCUUCCAGAUCCAUGGGAUCACUUCAAUAAUCGUGCAAAUGACGUAGGCGCCAUUCCUUCUAUCACUCAGAAUGAAUUUGCCAUGGAGUUUGAGCUCCCGGAGUGGGUGCGCAGGCACGAGGCCAUGGAGGAGAUUGUUUUGGAGUGUACCAAAUUGACGAUUCUUGUCAACGAAGUUCAAAGCUCCCAGAAAGAAUUUCGCGUUUCACAACUUGAGAACCUUUGCUUCCUUUUCAUGAACGCCAACAACCUAUCGAUUGAAGAAGCCAUAGACAAAGUUCUUGGUAUUUUGAAAGAGCAUUAUGAGAUUUGUGUGGCUGCGGAGGCCAGGCUUCCUUGGAGCAAAACUGACGAGAAAUUUAAUGAGGAUCUCCGCGAGUAUGUGCGCGGAUGCCAAAGAUUAGCGACGGGCACCGCAUGCUGGAGCUACAACUGUGAGAGAUAUUUUAAACUGAGCCAGUUGAAUGACAAGCGAGAACUAUUGUUGGAUUACUCAUACCAAAAAUAG